UAACGUCUUUGCUGUCGCUCAUUUGAUGACGUUGUCUUAGCGCGACUGAAACGUUAAACGUACAACAGCGGCCUGUGUCUUCACUUAAGCGCUGUAAUUUUUCUUUCUGGUGAAGGAUUAGUCUCUACGGUCCGUCACCAUCAUGAAACUAGUCAGGUUUUUGAUGAAACUUAGCCAUGAGACGGUUACCAUUGAACUGAAGAAUGGCACCCAGGUCCAUGGCACCAUCACAGGUGUUGAUGUAAGCAUGAACACCCACCUGAAGGCGGUGAAAAUGACCCUGAAGAACAGGGAGCCCACUCAGCUGGAGUCACUGAGUAUUCGUGGCAACAAUAUUCGCUACUUCAUCCUCCCUGACAGCCUUCCGUUGGACACUUUGCUGGUUGACAUCGAGCCAAAGAUCAAGUCCAAGAAGAGGGAAGCAGUGGCUGGAAGGGGACGAGGAAGAGGACGAGGACGUGGCAGGGGAAGGGGACGAGGCCGGGGUGGCCCAAGGAGAUGAUCGCCAGGCCGCACAUCUGCUGUCAAUCACCCCACUGUUUGUACAGGAUUUUUUUUUUCUUUUCUCAGAGGAAACAUUUUGUGAAUUUCAAUGUUUUUGUUCAAGUUUUUCUUUUCUUUAUUUUGUACAUUAAAAUCCUAAUGAAGAGGA